AUGCAUCGCUACCGUGACUCCCUAUUGAGCCCCUCCCCAAAGGGCAUCGCCGACCUCAGCACUUUAGACAGCUGCACUGAACGUCAGACAGAUGUGCGGCAGAGCCUCGCUAGGGGGGAAUACAAUGAGGUCCGGGAAGCGGCGUUCUUGAACCGAACCUGGAUUAUAAGCCACCGAUACUGCAACCUUGGGGAUGGGGUGGAUUCCCUCGAAGACUACCUGCGUGAGAUAUGGUACAUGUACUUCCAACUCAGCGUACUCACAUCGUAUGAAACGGCCGAGCACGAUCGGCUGGUUCUUGAUAUCCUCCGGAUCCAGGGAAAGGGGCCGUUAACCAGGCCUGUGAGAGGGAUCUACGGCAUCGAUAUUGCACGAACAGUCGAAGGAACGCUAUGGAAUGACAUGCCAUUUUUGGUUACCGACAUGACCGACUUAUUCAUCAACAGCUGGGCGCCAAUGUCGGGUGCCCAGCGCCUUAAUGUUGUCUCCUUCUUGGCCAAGCUAGCGUCAACCCGCAUCUGCAAGGACAGAAUGUGCCAGAUCGCUCUUGUGCUCUUCCGUCUUGCGCUUGAAUCACGGCAAGAGCUUCGCGCCACCGGUGAUCUGGAUGAUGAAGAUCCAAGACGGAGCAUGUGUGACCUUGAGAGUAUGCACUUGUUGCCAGCCAUCAAUACGUGGAUUCGGGAGGCAGGUUACAACAUCAUGCUACUCUCGGAGGUCUCGUGGAACGAUUGCCCUAGUGAGAUUGGCCGGGGUGGUGCGACCUUCAUCCAGUCAGAGUUUGGGAAGCGAACCCCGUCUGGGUUUACACCCUGGAGAUGGAUGUAUUGGCUCAAGCGACUCCAUGAAAUUCAGGAGGACGCAAUGCAGGCUAGCGAGAAUGAUAUUCUGGCAUGUGCUAGCGAGGCCAUUGAGCGCAUGGUCAGCGGCGCGGACGAGCGAGACUCUGAUAUUCUGAGGGCCUACAAAGACAGUGGCGAUGUCUUGUACAACGACAAACAUUUGUUCCGACUGAAAGAGCUCGUGGAGAGCACAGAAAAAGAUGAGAACGAAAGCCCUGAGGAGAACGAAAACCCUGAGGAGAAGGAAAACCCUGAGGAGAAGGAAAACCCUGAGGAGAAGGAAAACCCUGAGGAGAAGGAAAGUAUCGGGGAGAGCGAAAACCCCGAGCAGAAGGAAAACUGCGACAAUAAGGAAAACACCGAGGAGAAUGAGAAGAAUAGCUGA